AGAAAAAAUCGUUCGCUGGUUUCAAGUGACGUGGCAUUGGCACGCAAUUUUACGAAUAUCAGUAACUUUCACGUUUCUUUCUUCUUCCUCUGCUGGUGAUCCAAAUUGGGUUGAUUACCACUGCACCUCAAUAAUGAUUGCUCGGAGAAUUUGGCUCAAACGGCCUUCCGCCUCCGCCCCACGCUUUUUAUUUCCCUACACUCCCCAAGCUUUGUCUCCGCCGUCGCCUUCGCUGCUCCCGGAGCUCAAACCUCCAUCUCUAGGUGUUUCUUCGCUGCUGCCCUUCUGCAGCCACGCUUCGGCGCCGUUUCGAUUGGUUAAUAACUCUAUCGACAGUGGCAUUCAAUAUAGGGUGAAUAGAUGUUGCUUUUCGAGUCAUGCUUUGGCGGAUCUUCCAGUGGGUGGGAUAGUUGAUGUGCCUUUAGCGCAAACUGGUGAAGGUAUCGCUGAAUGUGAACUUCUCAAAUGGUUCGUGCAUCAGGGCGAUGAGGUUGAGGAAUUUCAACCACUAUGUGAAGUUCAGAGUGACAAAGCAACUAUUGAAAUAACAAGUCGUUACAAGGGGAAAGUAGCUCAAAUUCUCUAUGUUCCUGGAGACAUUGUAAAGGUUGGAGAAACUCUUCUAAAAAUGAUUGUCGAGGAAUGUCAAGCUCCUGCACAUGUGCAUGAUGAUUUGGAAGAUACAAAGCCACUUGGUUCCAAGCUGGAAAAAAGUCAAAUUGAUGGAGUCCUGUCGACACCAGCUGUUCGGCUCCUUGCAAAGCAAUAUAAUAUAAAUUUAAAUGAUGUCCAUGGAACUGGGAAAGAUGGAAGGAUACUAAAAGAAGACUUGCUUAAAUAUGGCAUUCAGAAAGGAAUAAUUGAAGAUUCAUCUGGAACUGUGAAAGCUGAUUCUGGGAACCAGUUUCUGGGGGAAAAAGAGAAAUACUCGUAUGCUUCAGCAGAAGUAGGACAACCUCAUGAGGAUAAGAUAGUUCCCCUAAGGGGUUUCCAACGGACUAUGGUGAAGACAAUGUCCAUGGCUGCAAAAGUUCCACAUUUUCAUUAUGUAGAAGAGAUUAAUUGCAACGCAUUAGUGGAGCUUAAAGCAUCUUUCCAGAAUAAUAGUACUGAUCCAGGCAUCAAGCAUACUUUCCUUCCAUUAUUGAUAAAGUCACUUUCAAUGGCCCUCAACAGGUAUCCAUGGAUGAAUAGUUCCUUCAAUGAUGAAGCAGUAGAGAUGAUUCUAAAAGGUUCCCACAAUAUAGGAAUUGCCAUGGCUACUCCACAUGGUCUGGUUGUGCCCAACAUAAAGAAUGUUCAGUCUCUUUCCAUCUUGGAGAUAACAAAGGAAUUGGCACGGUUACAACAAUUGGCAACGGAGAACAAGCUUAACCCUGAGGAUAUAACUGGUGGAACAAUAACUCUAAGCAAUAUUGGUGCAAUUGGUGGGAAGUUUGGUGCCCCUAUCAUCAACUUGCCUGAAGUUGCCAUUAUUGCUAUUGGUAGAAUUCAGAAGGUUCCACAGUUUGCAGAUGAUGGAAAUGUGUAUCCCGCAUCAAUCAUGACUGUAAAUAUUGGUGCAGACCAUAGAGUUCUGGAUGGGGCAACAGUUGCAAAAUUUUGCAAUGAGUGGAAACAAUUGAUUGAAAAACCAGAAUUACUCAUGUUGUUUUUGAGAUGAUAUGUUUUCAUCUCAUAGCCUCCUCUUUACUGUACAUUUAUUAAAAGGGAAACAAAUAAAAGAAACGUUUUGUUCUGGAACUUGUAUUAAGUGCCAAACUGCCAAUAAGAUUUAGAAUAAUGAACAGCAACUUUUAUA